AUGGUUGUGGUCGAGAAUGUGCCUGACACUACCCUCAGCAAGGCUACUGAUGCUGAUGGAGCGAAAAAUAGCGGGCGAGAACUUCAAAGCGCCAGCUCGGCAAGUACCAAGAUAGAAGAUGGACCCAAGGAAGCGCCAGCGAAGCCUGUUUUGCCAUCGGAAGACCAAGGUGCCACCACCGGAAGCGACGGUGAUGCUAAAGCAUCAGAAGACCCAGCAGCGAACAGCGAAGCUAGAACGGGGCAGAAGCUCCAAAGCCAGCCUUCGGCGGAGAGAGAGCAGACCCUUCCAAAGGAAAACUCAAUUCUCAGCGAGCUCAAGGCAGCGUUCCCAAACGUGGAGGAGAAGAUUGUCAAGGCUGUGAUCAUCGCAUCGCAAGGUAUACUAGACCCAGCGUUUAGUGCGCUGCUUUUCUUGUCUGACCCUACUUUUGAAGAGGAAGCCGCGCUGCCCACGCAGGCGGCGCCAGCCGCGCAAGCGACAGUGCCAAUCAGCCAGUUGCAGCAGGACGAGAUGCUAGCCCGGCAGCUGGACGAGCAGUUCAACAAAAAGGACUUGCGUGCGGAGCGCGCGGCCCGUGAAAGACGCAUCAGAGAGCGCGAAGAGGAGUUCCAGCGGAAACAGCAACGGCUGCGCUCCGAAUACGGCGGCUACGGCAGUGAGGACGACGAGGACUUCAUCGACGUUCUCAACCGCGGGCUGCAGGAAACGUCGAAGAAGGUCGGCAAGUGGUGGGACGGCAUCAAAAAGAACUUCAACGAGGAGCUGGACGGCCCGGACGCCCGUGCCAGUGCGGGGCCCCCCCGCGCGCGCCAACAACGCUUCAACUCCUUCGGCGCCCGCGACGACGAGACGUACCCCACGGAGCAACAGCUCCGCGGCGUUUCGUUGCACGACGAGCACGACGACGAGCCUGCGCCCCGGCUGCCCCCCCGCCGCACCUCUACAGGCCCGCUCCCGGCCCGCCCCGACGGUCCAAACGUGGAGCGCAAGCGCUGGCAGCCGCUCCCCCCGGAGCCAGUCUCCGCCCCCACUAAGGUCACAGCCGGCGGCCGGAACCACGCCCAGAACAAAAAGCGCGACCCGGACCAGGACGAUUACCUGAUCAACAGUGACGACGAGCUAUAG